GGCCCCGUCCCCUCCGCCGGCCGGCCGGGCGGAGCGAGGCACCGCAGCCGCCGCCUUCACCCUGCCCUCGGCGGCGGGCGGUGCCGCGGCCUUCGCCUUCCGGGGGGAGACAGCGGUGGCGGGCGGGGAGCGGACCACAAUGAACGUGGAACAUGAAAUUACCCUCUUAGUUGAGGAAAUUCGGCGGCUGGGAACCAGAAAUGCUGAUGGACAAGUGAGCGUGAAAUUUGGUGUGCUCUUCGCUGAUGAAAAGUGUGCCAACCUCUUUGAAGCCCUAGUGGGAACUCUUAAGGCUGCAAAACGACGAAAGAUUGUCACUUAUCAAGGGGAACUGCUUUUACAAGGUGUUCAUGACAAUGUUGAUAUCAUACUACUGCAGGACUGAUGCAAUAUGCAUUUCAGUUGUGUGUUAAUUGGAUUGUUUGAGACAAUGACUUGCAACAUCCUCUGUAUCAGGCUGAUUUCAAUGUAUUUUCUAUGUCUUUAUAGUUGAAAGGAAAUGAUCCUAUUUUGGAAAAACAUUCCCUUUUGUAAUUCUUCCUAAAACAGUACUGUACAUGAUUAAGGUAAAAGAUGCCAGUUCUUUUUUUUUUUUUUUUUUUUUUAAAUCUCAGGUAAUACUCCUAAAUGUACUUGAUGGUUAUUUUCAAUAUAUGAAGAAAUAGAACUGGUGUCUUAAUGUUUACAAAUCUAAACGUGCCAUGAAAGUAUAAAGUAAAAGCACAUACUUCAAUUUA